AGAGAGAGAAACAGAGAGAGCGAGAGAGAGAGAGAGAGAGAGAGAAUGACCAAGUGGGACGGGCAUAGGUCGGAAAUAUUUCAAAAUCGAUAUAAAUAUAUUUUGUAUCUAUUUUAUCCAUUGAGAAUUUUUUACGCGAUCAAAUUUGUGAAUGUUCAAUCAUUUACAAGUGUGUGUACAAACUUCAACCGAACAAGAUUUAAACAAAACAUUCAAACACAUGCAGGUUCACUUACACAUUCAUAUAUCACAGAUUAUCGCUCAGUCACAAGAUUAAAAUGUAUGAGAUAUGAAUCGAAGAAAAUUGGCAAAAAGAGGACGACCGACAUCAUGAUCAUUCAAGUCUUUUUGCUAUUCACUUUUGUUGUGUGUGUAUAUAUAUGUGUGUGUGUGUGUGUAGACUCUUGACACAUACUUAGUUUCUGAAAUUGAAACAUUGUAUGAGAGUUGCGGAAUAGAAACGCAAACAACUAUGUUGUUCUCUUUGCAAAAGAAUCAUGUAAAAUUCGAUUCUUCUGUGCUCGGUUCUCAAUUUAUUUUCUGUUUUGGUUUUAUUUUUUUUGUUUUAAGUUCGUGAUCUUUACUCGUCAAAUCACAUAAGAUCAAUGUAGAGUCCAUAUAAUUGGGAGGAUAAGCGAUUAAAAAAAUAAUUGUUUGUUUCAAUCGGUUUCGAUGUUGUGAUCUAAUUUCGUUUUUAAUUAUUGUUUAUGGUCAAACAUUCACAAUGGCUUACAUUAAUGUUGCUGAAUGGACCCCCGAUCAAGUGACGGACUGGCUCAAAGGUCUGGACAAUUCAAUGUAUAAAUAUAUCAAUUCAUUUGCAAACAAUGACAUAAAAGGACAAACACUACUCAAUAUUAGACCAUACGAGCUCAAUGAACUGGGUGUAACGUCAAUUGGUCAUCAAGAAAUUGUUUUAGAAGCUGUUGAACAGAUACGGAACUUUAAUUAUGAUUUAGAGAAAGAAAAUUUACAAUUUUUAGCAUUACGCGUUGCCACUACUGCAAAAAAUUUACAUCAUCAAUUGGCGCACUAUCCUGAUAAAAGUAAAAUUGAGACACAAAUUUUAAAUGAUAUAACACGUGCAAUAGGUACUAUUAAACCACUGGUCGGUUGGUUAGAUCGAUCGCCAUUUCAAGGUCAAAUACAGUUUAAUGAAAUCCGGAAAAGGAUUCUGCAACUGGGAAUUGAAAUGGCGUAUAGUGCACAGCGUGAUCGUUUCGUUGAAAAUCCAGUCGAUCAGAUUCGUUUAACGGCUGAAAAGUUAUCUAAAUUAGCAGACUACAUAAUCCAAGACAUAUCAGAUCCAAUCAUUUUACAGCCUGCUACCUUAAAUUUAGUCUCACUAAAGAAAAGAGAAUCCGAACUGGGAUUUAACAUCGCUCCAAAUUAUCACGGUAUUCAUGUAAUAACGGAUAUCAAAUACAACUCACCAGCUCACAUAUCCGGAAAAAUCGAAGAUGGUGAUGAAAUAAUUCAAAUAAACUAUCAAACUGUCGUUGGUUGGAACUAUAAACGUGUGUUACAGCAGUUACAGGAAUCGCCGCCAGAUGUUUUGUUAACAUUGAAAAAACGUCCGCGGCAUACAAAAAUCUAUGGUCAAAUCUAUAUGAAACCGUAUCGCCUACCAAGCAAAAAGCGGUCGGUGCCUUAUCGUUUCGGAGAGAAUCUACCAAGCCCACGAAUUGAGUUCAUUCCAUCACAAAAUUUUCCAGUACUUUUGCCACUUGCCGAAAAAAGCAAUCUUACUGACUCAGAUUCAAGUAGUUCUAGUAGUAUUUUAAUAUCUGCUGAAGCAACAAAAAGUAAUGAAAAAGACAUUCGUUUAUACUUAUCGAAGCCACGGGCAGUGCUUCAAAGACGCAAUACUAUAUGCGGUGAUCAUUUUUCCGGUUUUAGGGGUAACAUUACAUUUUGGCACGAAAUGAAUGUUCGCCGCAAUAUGGAGGGUAAUAGCCUUAGUCUACGUGAUAAAUCAGUGUCGUUUGGAUUUGGCCUAGAAAUAUCGUCAGACAAACGUCCAAUAACUUGCAUUGGUAUUGGUCAUAAUAAUGACAAGUUCGGUGAUUUGGGAAAUACUAUGAAAGGAUCGUUGCCUGAUAUGAAACACGGCGAUAAACGGAAUAAUAGCGAUGUCAAUGACAAUAUGAUCCCGCAAAGAAUUGAAGUUCAAAAUAGUUUAUCUGAUGAAGUAAAAAGUAAACACGAGACAAAAGCAAAGGUCGUCAAGUUUGAAACACCACAAGACGUAAUAUCGCAUUUGAAUGAAUUCAACGAAGAUGCAAAGGUCAUAAACGUCAUAGAAGAGAAACACUGUAAGCAGGAUAAAAGCACUAUGACGCAGAUUGAAGUUCCCGAUUUACCAAUAAAACUGAAGCAUAAAGAUGAAGAUAAACCUCCGGAAAUUGGUCCUCGAAAAGAAUUUUUAAAGAAAGUUGUCGCUCCAAAGCCACCGCCCAGGCCAUCUAAAGCAGCUGAGAUGGUUCAAAGGAAAUUCGAUACACUUAAACAAGAAAGAGAAAAUAACACUGAAGAAAUAUGUCCAGUUCUAUUGAACAUUCCGUGCGAAACUUAUGUUUCAAAAUGUACGGUAAUAAAUGUGCCAAAAGUCUCCGAAAUUGGUAAAGGUGUACCUCCGAUCGAUGCUUCCAAGAAGAAUGAUGAAACUCAAAUUGACAAAUUACAAUCACCAUCGCGACCCAUCAUUUUAUCUAAGCACAACAACUCCGAUAGUAUCAAUGAGGAAACAGAGCUACUAACUCCAAAUAAAACCAAAACAUUGACAUUGAAGAAAAAAAAUUCAAUGUUAGCCAAGAGACGAAAAAUUGGUCUCAAAGCUCUUGAGUUUAGCGACAUUCAAGGACAUUUAUUCCGGCGUACAAAAGAUAAGCACGGUGUUACCUAUUGGGCAAAGCUUUAUUUCGUUCUCGUUGAAACAGCUCUGUAUGGGUUUCGAACAAAAAAAUCCCAAAAAGCAAACUGUUUGAUAUUCCUGCCCGGAUUUACAAUAUCUUUAGCCAAAGAAGUCCACUCAAAACCGUUUGCAUAUAAGGUAUAUCACCCGAAAAAAACAUUUUAUUUUGCAGCCGAAUCACAAGAGGCCCUUUCACAAUGGAUGGAUUAUAUCAAGCGUGCUACUUUGAAGGGCGGCACAUCUAAUAUUGAUCCCAUGCUCGUUGACCGCAUUGAAAAUAAAGAUUUAUUCUCGGAGACGGAUAGUUCAGAGGAUGAAAGUGAGUUGGCCAAUGGAGAUACACUGCAACCGAUAUUAUUCAGAAAAGCUAUUCUUGGCUCCGGAAGUAAAUCAACCAAAAAACGUAAUCAAAAUGAUGAGUUUUCACCCAUAUCAACAAAUUCAAAGAGUGAUAAAUAUCAUUUGGGAUUUGGUUCGCUGAAAAAGUUCACAAACUUGCAUAAUUUACCAUUCUCAUCAAAUAAAAGUGACAAAGAACGAGAAGAACGAAAGAAAAGUCAAAGCGACAUACCUGUUCCAACAGCGCAAUAUAAAAGCUAUCGUAAAAUCCCUGGAAAUGCUGGAAUGCAGCUGGGUCAGUCAAAUACGAUUGAUUAUAACCUAAUGGCACAACGACGUCAGCAAAGUCAUGUGCGCUCAAAUACGUCUUCGGUUGCCAAUGAUUUGAUAAGUGAACAGUUUGCACCGAAAUCGAAUGAAUCGGGCAAUGAAGGCUCAGGGUUAAAAUCUCAUACACCAGCUCCAUGUUCCAGUACCAAUACCAGUAUAGUGCAAGACGAACCCACCGUUUCAUUGGGCAUAACUCCAAAUUCAACAAAAUCAAAAUCGCAAAUGAUAUCAAAUGGAUUUAAUCCAAGUUUGCCAUUGCAAACAAUAAGUCAUGACCCAAAGCAUGCAGAAAACAAACCCACAUUGAAACUAUCAAAGAGUAAAACAUCUCCCUUCAACUAUAUGCAUGCAUCGAAUCCAAAUUUAGUUGAGUUUGCAUUUCAAACAUCAAAAAAUUUAGAUGUUGGUAUGCCAAAGCUUUCAAACGCAUUCGAUCAACAUCAAAAUUUACAAGGACUGAUUACUCUAAAGGAUUUAAUGCUACAACGUGAAGAGGAUGAGGCGCACAACAUGUACAAUAACAGAGUUAAUUUAGGUGUUGAGAAACCGAAUGAUCGUUACACAAAACGCAAAAAUCGGCGAGCCAACGAAGUAGCACCAAAUGAAAAUAAUCGCGCAACGGACUAUGCCGAAAAUAUACCACAAGUUGGUCAAAAACCAAGUUUAAACAAAAUUCAGAGGAGAAGUUUACCCAGAACUCCGGACUAUGCACAAAGUUUUAAAGCGGAUGAUACUGAGAUAAUAAUGGCUCGUUCAAAAGAAGGUCAAAAACUUCGCGAUUUUGGAUAUGAAUUCAUUUCGGGAGGCGAUGAUAGUGUAAAUGUUAGAAGCAAUGGUAUUAACAACACAACAACUAUAGUGAAGAAAUCUAUUAAACCUGCGGUACUUGCCAAACCAAGUGAUCGAUUUAUUCUACCAACGAAGAAGAAAAGUAUAAAUUGGAUGGGUUUGACGCGGAGUGAUGAGGAUAAAAUAAUUGGUAAAGGGAGCCUGAGAAUUGUUAAACAAAAACACCUAGAAUGUGCUGGUGAUGUGAAUCGUACCAAAACAACCGAUUCAAUCAAUUGUUUACCUGCAAAUGAGGAUCGAAAGGGAUCAGCAGCAUCAACACAUUCAUAUUUAUCGAAACUGACAUUUCCCAAUAAAACCGUUAAAGAGAAACGAUUACUCGGAUCACCACGUUUGCAUCGAGCUGCUUCAUCAAUAUUUGGGCGGAAGAAUAUUGAGAGUCCAACAUGUGAACAACAGAAUACACGGUUAUUUGUUGAUGUUGACCAGAACAACGGAGGAUCUAGUGCAAAUGCAGCAGCUGCCAUACCAAUUUCUCAUACUGUGGAUUCACAAUCAUUGAAUGAAAUAGAUGGUGGGGAUAGUGCAGCUCUGAAUUACAUGUCAUUUCAAAAUAUUCAAUUCCCUCCAGUGUUUGUGCCAGAGACCUAUUCGCUACGUGAUCCAAACUCCACUAAUUAAAUGCUGUAAUAUUUUAAAGAAAUCAAUUUGUAUAGAAAUAUAACAUUUUCCGAAGUGGCAUCCUACAAUGAGACAGGAAUGCCGAAUAAUUUGUUUCAUAUACUGUAGAACAAAGCUAGAUUGUCUAUGCAACCAGAAUGAAUGUAGUACUUGAUGUGCGUUUUAAUAAAUAAUAAUGAUUUCUAACUCCAUUUCGGAGUCUAUUUGGUA